AUGAGCAAAAGAGCGAAUGAAACACAAGAAUUCUUGUCAAAUACUGGAAAUACUAACGGAACCCUAAAUGGAACGAUCUCCGAUUUCCCCCAUCGGGGCCGUUAUACCAUGGACGAAAUGUCAAAUUUCUUUUCGCAACUAAUGAAUUGUGCAUAUGGGUGGUGCUCAUAUCAUUGUUGCGACCCACCAAUGGCUCGCCCCAUUAUGAACGAAUAUUUUGGGCAGCACUACCCCUCAAGAUAUCCCGGAAAUGCUAUCCAAACCAAGCAGCAAAAGUACAGAAAGUUGGGUGCAAAAAUCGGCGAGCCAAGUCGAAAAUAUUUGUACCCAGCUCCAGCAAAGGCUCCAAUGAGGCACGUAACAAGUCCUGCCGUUACACCAGCAUCUACAAAACGACGACCAGCAGUAACCUGUCCAAAAGCUUGCCAGCCACAAUGUUUGACGUCUUGUAUGAAGCGAUAUAACGAGCUGGUUUAUGAAUUUAUGAAUAGUUUGACCCAGACUGAUAUCCUUGGCCUCCCAAAUCGGCCGACCCCAACCUCUACAAGGAGAAGCAUUUUUGAAUGGGGAAAUACGGCUGCUGAGGAAGAUAAUUGGACCGAACCCGUAGCCCCAUUGCAAUGGGAAGACGAAAGAGAGCGUCCGGUUUGCCGGGCAGAUUGCAUGCCUUUGUGUCGUGAGUCGUGCUUGCUUGUGGAAGGAAGACCAAAAUGCAGAGCAUCAUGCAUGCCUCAUUGUAGCCAACAAUGCCUUGAUGCCCCUCCAUUAAUGCUUCCAUGCCCGGAUUUUGAUGAAUGUUAUUGCCCGGCCGGGUAUGUGCAAUGUUCGGAUUCCACGUGUUGUAUGCGAUAUCGAGCAAUGGCUGUUCGAUACAAAGAUAAAUUAGCGGCCUACAAAUUUAGCGAUGAUAAAGAUGUGGAGCCAAUUUCCGGAAAUCAGACGGCCGUAUUGGCCAAACAAUUGCGCCUAUUAGGAGGUGAUUCGCCGGAAGCCACGACGACAAUUAUGGUGGACGGUGAAAGCCCGAAGGAAUUGCCCGCAAACGCCACAAUCAUCUUUUUCCCGGAAGAAAAACGCGCCGAGAUCACGAUGAACGAUGGAGCCGUUUUGUUCGAAAAUGUAGAC